AUGUGUAGCGUGUAGUCCCGUAAACCCUGAACCUGAAGGCUUCUUCCCCCUUAAACCUGCCGAGUUCGCCCAGGCAUAACUCAGGACUGAGUUGUAACUCGGUUCCUUGGCAUUUGAGCCAUGCAACUCCUCUCCAAUGCUCGCCGAGUCUCUCGCUUUUUCCUUUCUCCUCAUCUUCGAAGCACCGCUCUCUCUCCCUUUCUCUCAGGGCUCACGCAACGUGAUUGCUGGCAAGUGACAAAUGAUCCAUUGAAUUGCUUCUUUUCGAAGCCUUCUUUCUGUUCAGGAGCAACUCAAACAGAGGAUGUGAAGGAACUCUACGAUAAAAUGCUUCAUUCUGUUAAUGUUCAACGAUCCAUGCCCCCGAAUGCCUGGUUGUGGUCAAUGAUUGCAAAUUGCAAACACCACGCUGAUAUUACGCUUCUAUUCGACAUUUUGCAGAACCUCCGUAGAUUUAGGUUGUCAAAUCUUCGCAUUCAUGACAAUUUUAACUGCAAUCUCUGUCGAGAAGUUGCUAAAGCAUGUGUACAUGCAGGAGCCGUUGAUUUUGGCAAGAAGGCUCUGUGGAAGCAUAAUGUCUAUGGACUCGCGCCGAAUGUUGCAUCUGCACACCAUUUACUGCUGUAUGCAGAGAAACACAAUGAUACUAAACUGUUAGUGGAAGUAAUGAAACUUCUGAAUACGAAUGGAUUGCCAUUGCAACCGGGCACAGCAGAUAUAGUUUUCCGCAUUUGUUAUAAUACAGAUGAGUGGGAGUUGAUUAAUAAGUAUGCGAAAAGGUAUAUCAAGGCUGGCGUAAAACUACGACAAACCUCAUUUGACAAGUGGAUGAAAUUUGCUGCAAAACGAGGAGACACUGAAUCAUUGUGGAAAAUAGAAAACUUGAGAUCUAAUUCAAUGAAGCAGCACACUUUGGCAACUGGGUUUGCUUGUGCUAAGGGCCUUCUGUUGGAACGUAAACCCAGUGAUGCAGUUGCUGUCAUUCAAGUUCUAAAUCAGACCUUGUCUGAUGCAAAGAAGUCAGGCAUCAAGGAUGAACUUCAAAAGCUUGUAUCUGAGUGGCCUUCGGAAGUUAUUAAGCACCAAAAAGAAGAGGAGAGAAAGGCACUGGCAGCCUCUUUGAAAUCUGACAUACUUGCCAUGGUUAGUGAGUUACCGAGCAUCGGACUCGAGGCAAAUGUAAAUUUGGAAGACCUAAACAGGGAAGGAGCUAUUCCACAAUAGCAUGAGUUCAGGAAUUGACGACAUCUUGUUUUAGAAUAUGCUCGUUUGAGUGUCUCCUUACCUGGAUGCUUUGUGCCCCCCGGUUAGACGAGUCUCCAAUCAUAGCAAAUGUUGAUUACUAAUUUGAAUUUUUUAUUUUAUUUGCUUCCAUUCUUACUAUUUCUUAUACAAAGUGCUUAAGGUUUUGCAUAUUGAAAGUUAGUGGGAUUUUGUUGGUGUUUCAAGAACUGAAAUUUGAAUGUCCGUAGAUUAUGUUUUAACAAAAAUAAUCUGGCACAUGUCUGUACUCUAAACUGCAAGCAGUUGCUUUGUUAAAAUCCAAGUGACAAUCGUGGAAUUUU